UCAGCAGUGAAAACAAGAAAUUUGAGGAUUUUCCUUGCGAUGGUGAAAUUUCGAUUACAGUUUACAUUUGUCCACCUGCGGAUGGUUUACCUAUGACAUAGUGAGCUGCCUGUUUGGUUCCGUGGCUUUCGUAUCGUAUUUCCGGAGUGGUUGUCAUAGACCGACCGCACCAAUCCAUCGCAGUGCUGAACCCGACUUUCUCCAGUGGGUUGUUGAUUCUUCCCUCGCAACUCGGUUGUCCAGUCCAUCCCGACCAUGUCCGAAACCCCAACCCUUCCCGCUGAUCUGCCGGUGGAGAAGCAGCCAAAGGGCGACGAAUUAGUCCGCCGCGUGGUGUGCUACAACGAGAAGCCGUUAUGGCUGCACGGCUACAUUUUGGCCUUCAUUCCGCUGUACGCCAUAUGGCUCUACUGCCUCAUCGCCAUUCCCUUCCCGCUCGCACCGCCACCCACCAAUGCCACCCUGGCUAACGUGUCGGACGUGGUGGGGAACGUGACGCUCAGUGAACAUAAUGCGACGGCACUGGCGAGCGCCGCGGAGACGGAUGGGACGUGGAUCCACUGGUCCUUCGAGUUGGCCAUGAUUCUGCUGGCGGGCAUCGGGCUGCUGCAGAUCCUCACCGUGCUGGCCUGUGUCUGGUCGGUGAACAUCCGAGCGGCGCUGACCUGCGUCAAGGAAAACGAUCCCCAACGGGCCACCGUCGCUCAGGUGAUUCCACAACCCAAUAAUGGAUCAGCCGAAUUGGUGCGACUGUAUCGUCAGCGUAAAGAGCCGACCGAUAUGACUUCGGAACUGACGAUUUGCUUCAUUUUCCAAAAAGUCAAAUUUAUUUUGACUCCAUCCGAGCUGCAGUCCGCGUCGCUGGACUCCCCUACCAAAGGAUUUCGCCGACCGACAUUUCCGAUCCAUGAUAAAUUUGCUGUGUAUCGCGAUGCCAAGGGCCAUACCGAUGAGGCAGCUGUUUUGUCGGAAAGAUUGUUCGGCAAGAAUCGGUUGGAAAUGUACGCACCGAAUUUUCGGGAGCUGUUCCAAGAACGCGCAACGGCUCCGUUCUUUGUCUUUCAAGUAUUUUGUGUGGGAUUAUGGUGCCUGGAUGAGUACUGGUAUUACAGCGUGUUUACGCUCUUCAUGUUGGUGGCUUUCGAAGCGACACUGGUCCAGCAGCAGUUGAGGAAUCUGGCGGAAAUUCGCAAAAUGGGUCACAAACCGUAUCCGCUGCAAGUAUACCGCAACCGUCGCUGGCGACAGAGCAGCUCAGAUGAACUCUUACCCGGCGACAUCGUCUCCAUUGUGCGACGGCCGGAAGAAGGACGGCCUGUCCCGGCUGACAUGUUGCUUAUUCGCGGCACGUGCAUCGUCGAUGAAUCCCUGUUAACCGGUGAAAGCGUACCGCAGAUGAAGGAGAGUAUUGAAAGUUUCGACAGUGCGGAACAUUUGGACAUCGGUGUCCACGGUCGACUGCAUGUGCUGUUUGGUGGUACCAAGGUAGUGCAGCAUGCAGGGCCCGCGAAAGGCGAGAAGGACACUUCUGGGUUGCGAGCACCCGAUAACGGAUGCAUUUGCUAUGUUCUACGGACGGGCUUCAACACGUCCCAAGGAUCUUUGUUGCGGACGAUUAUGUUUGGUGUGAAGCGCGUGACGGCCAACAACAAAGAGACAUUCGGCUUUAUUCUGUUCUUGCUAACCUUUGCACUGAGUGCUGCUGGUUAUUUGUGGAUCGAAGGAUCCAAAGAUGAACGACGAAGCAAGUACAAAUUAUUCCUCGAAUGCACGCUCAUUUUGACAUCUGUGAUUCCGCCUGAACUGCCCAUUGAAUUAUCUCUGGCCGUGAAUUCAUCGCUGCUGGCGCUCGUCAAACUCGGGACAUAUUGCACCGAACCGUUCCGGAUUCCAUUUGCCGGGAAGAUCGAUGUGUGCUGUUUUGACAAGACCGGAACGUUGACGAGUGAUACACUAGUGGUGCAGGGGGUGUCGGGGAUUCCGCGAGAAAUUUCCGGUAAAGGGGAUGGUGGUAGUGCACACAGUGAGGAUGACAUCGUCUCGGCGGACUCGGUGCCCUGGGAAACACUGCAGGUGCUCGCAGCCUGCCACAGUUUGGUGUUGCUGGAUGAUACGCCCAUAGGGGAUCCACUGGAGAAAGUGACACUGGAUGCCGUUAAAUGGAAUAUUACCAAAGCUGACGCUGUUGUACCCACCAAAGGCAAACAACCGGCGCUCAAAAUCUAUCAACGGUUUCAUUUCUCCAGUGCGCUGAAACGGAUGUCUGUUAUUGGUGGAUUUGCCAAAGCUACUGGCGUGGAUACGGAGUUUUUUGGAGCGGUUAAAGGUGCUCCUGAAGUUCUGCGGAGCAUGUUUGCCAGCGUUCCAGAUGGCUAUGAUGAAAUGUAUUUGAAACAUACGCGUCAGGGUGCCCGUGUUUUGGCUCUGGGACGGAAAAGCCUUGGUCAAAUGGCCUUGUCUAAUAUUCGCAAUUUCCACCGGGAAGACAUCGAGGCGGAUCUGAGUUUUGUCGGCUUCUUGAUUAUCGACACACCGCUCCGUCCGGAAUCCAAACCUGUUGUUCAGGAGCUGCUGUUCGCAUCCCAUCACAUUACGAUGAUCACCGGUGAUAACGCCCUCACUGCCUGUCAUGUGGGAGCCGAACUGGGCUUAUGCGGUAAUAACGCUCUCGUCUUCGACGGUCCCUCAUCCGACCUGCACUGGGAAAGCGUCAACGGACAGGAGCGCCACCCACUGGACGCUGUCGUGGCCAAGAAGGCGCCCUCCAUGGAUUUGUGCCUGACCGGGCCCGGACUGGAGUGGAUGGUGCGAUCUCAUUACAAGAAUCUCACCCGUGUCCUGCCCAUGGUCAAGGUGUUUGCCCGCUUCACGCCCAAUCAGAAGGAGUGGGUGGUCAAUGAGCUGAAGCAGAUGGGCUUCUUUACGCUGAUGUGCGGCGAUGGGACCAACGAUGUAGGCGCGCUGAAACACUCGCAUGUGGGCGUGGCACUGCUGCAGAAAGCGGUGGUCAGUGCAGAGAAGCUGAAGGCUAAUUACGCCGAAGGAAGCGGGGAGACGUUGGUGCCCCUGAUGCCGCCGGGAGGAGCACUACAGACUACAGCGGGAAAGAGUGGGGCAGCUGCUGGAGCGAGUAAAGCUGAAGGAGAAACAAGAGGACCGCGAAACCGGCGUCUGCAGGAACCGCCAGCUAGGACUCCACCAACGGCAAAUCGUGCUAAUCUGCAACAACAGCGGCUCCAACAGUUAAUCGAAGAAUUGCAGGACGAUCAGGAAGUGACGGUGGUAAAACUGGGUGAUGCCAGCGUGGCCGCACCUUUCAGCUCCAAGAUCGGCAGCGUCCGCAGCGUUUGUGACAUCGUUAAGCAAGGCCGAUGCACACUGGUCACUACUCUGCAGAUGUUCAAAAUUCUGGCACUGAAUGCGUUAAUUCUGGCUUAUAGCCAAAGUGUCCUUUAUUUGAAAGGCGUAAAAUUCAGCGAUACCCAAGCGACAAUCCAGGGAUUAUUUUUGGCUGGAUGCUUCUUGUUCAUUUCUCGUUCUAAACCGCUGACUGUGUUAAGUGCACAACGGCCGUUACCGAAUAUCUUCAAUGCCUACACACUGCUGACCGUUUGCGGACAGUUUGCUGUACAUUUUGGAUGUCUAGUAUUCUUGGUCACGCAGACUUUAGCGCAGCAUUACAGUCUGCCGGAUAAGCUGGACUUGGAGGCGGAAUUCGCUCCCAACCUGCUGAACACCGUGGUGUAUCUGAUGUCGAUGACGCUGCAAGUGUCCACAUUCCUCGUCAACUACCGCGGCCGGCCCUUCAUGGAGAGUCUGCUGGAGAACCGUCCCCUCAUGUACAGCAUCAGCAUCUCCCUCAGCAGUCUUUUCGCCAUGGCCUCCAACGUGUUCCCGGCGGAGCUGCAGGAGCAGCUGCAGAUUGUCCGGAUUCCCGAUGAGUUUGUUUACAAGGUGGUGGGCGCGUUGGCGCUGGAUAUUGUCGCAGCCUGGUGUAUUGACAGGGUGCUUUUGAUGCUGUUUGGUGAAGGGACACUGAAAAGGAGAAAAUGAGAAUUUUUUCGUGGACUGGCAGAUUUUUUACUGUUAAUUUGUACGAAGCAUAAUUUGAGUUAUGUGUUUUUGCGUUGAUAUGUCACAGGCCUUCGAGAAAACGUGUUAUAAUACAAGGAAAUUGUGAGUAAAUCCAUGAACAUAUACCAUGAUAAAGUGUAGC